GAAAAGUGUCACUUAAGGCACAAGGCUUCUGUACAUCAUAAGUGACGAAAAUGGCUGUAAAUCACAGUGCUAUACAAUGAAUGGGAUUAGCCAUAGUCAACUUAAUGACCCACUUGCAAGCUACAUUCUUUAAUCCACAAUUUUUUAUUUUUGUCAAACUUUUGUCCAAUUUCUUUUCCUGUUUGAAUUAGUAAACUUAAAUUGUUUAAUACCAUAUCUUUCUUUAUCCAUAAUCUAACCAUCUUUUUCAAAGUUCAGUAGCAAAAUCACUGUAGCAACUCGCAAAUUGGGGUUGCUUGAUCAAGGACAAUGAAUCAUAGAGUUCAUUCCUGUUGAAUAAGCAUAACUUUUACUUUGUAAAUCAUAAUUUAUGGUAACAGUUUUUCAUAAAUGAUGACAAGCCCUUUUUCUCUGUUGAUGGUUUUAUUGGGUUUUCUUCUGUCUCCAAUACAGUCCAAAUUAGUUGAAGAUGAAGUGAUCGUUCUUCACGAAAUAUUGCAAACAAUGGGUGCCACGAACUGGAAUUUCGAUAGUGCUUCUUGUCCAAUUCAAUUGGUUGGCGGAACACCACAAUUACCACUAAAUGCUGAAAGCAAAAUAGAGUGUGAUUGUCAGCAUGAGAACAACACUUGCCAUGCUGUAAAAAUAGUUCUCAAGGGUUACAGUCUACCUGGGAUUCUUCCACGUGAACUGGCGAAGCUUUCUUAUCUCCAAGAAGUUGAUUUGGCGUACAACUAUCUAUCUGGCGGAAUUCCUGUGGAGUGGGCUUUGAUGCAGUUAAAAUUUAUCUCUCUACUUGCAAACCGGUUAUCUGGUGAGAUCCCGAAGGAGCUAGGAAAUAUGGGAAGUCUCACUACCCUGAGUCUCGAGGCCAACCAAUUUACAGGCCGAAUUCCCGAUGAGCUAGGGAAAUUAGUCAACUUGGAGACUUUGAUGCUGUCCUCGAAUAAGUUAAGUGGAUCACUGCCUCACUCACUUGCUGGCCUGAUAAAUUUAAAGGAUUUUCGGAUUAAUGAUAAUAGCUUUGAUGGAGUCAUACCCGUUUAUAUAAAAAAUUGGAAGAAGCUUAAUAGAUUGGAAAUGCACGCAAGUGGACUUAUGGGGCCUAUUCCAUCUGCAUUAUCCUCCUUAGAUGGACUAACUGAAUUGAGAAUAAGUGAUAUCCACGGGUCUAGUCAGAAAUUUCCAGAUCUGAGCAAUAUGACUGGCCUAGAAAGACUUGUGCUGAGGAACUGCAACUUAGCUGGAGAGAUUCCAGCAUACCUUUGGAAGAUGAAUAAGUUGAAAAUGCUUGAUGUUAGCUUUAACAAGUUAGUGGGAGAAAUUCCAGAUGACACAAGUGCGAAGGACCUGAAGUAUAUAUUUUUGACGGGCAACAUGCUUAGUGGAAACAUUCAUUCUUCUUUGUUGCAGGAUGGAAGGAACAUUGAUCUGUCUUACAAUAAAUUCACAUGGCAAGAUCCUGGGCAGCCCACUUGUGGUGAAAAUAUGAAAUUUAACAUAAACUUAUACCGAAGCUCUGCUACUGGUGCUAACUUAAAGGGAGUGCUUCCUUGCUCAAAGAGCAUUGAAUGCCCACGAUAUGUCUGUUCUUUACAUGUUAAUUGUGGUGGAGAUGAUUUUAUAGCCGAAGAUGACAACAGAAUGGUUACAUAUGAAGGAGAUGGAGGUGUUCAAGGCGGAAUAGUCACAUAUUUCAGGAACAAGGAAAAUUACUGGGGAUUUAGUUCCACUGGUGAUUUCAUGGAUGAUGCUGAUUUGUUAAGUAUACGGCAUAUUACGAAGCGGCCUAGAAGUAAUUUAUCUGAUUUAUACACGACUGCACGUAUUUCCCCAAUUACCCUUACGUAUUUCGCCUACUGCCUGAAGAAUGGUAAUUAUUCUGUUAAAUUGCACUUCGCUGAGAUUGAGUUCACAAACGACAGAACGUACAACAGUCUUGGGAGGCGUGUUUUUGAUAUUUACAUCCAGAACAAAUUAGUUCACAAGGAUUUCAAUAUUGAAGAUGAGGCUCAUGGAGCUCAGAAGCCAGCAGUCAAAUUUUUUAACACAAGUGUUUCAAAUAAUGUUUUGGAGAUUCGAUUUAACUGGGCUGGUAGAGGGACAACAAGAAUUCCUACCAGAGGAGUUUAUGGGCCUCUCAUUUCAGCUAUAUCUGUCAAUCCUGUUUCUGGACACUGCUCGAGUGACAGGAAGCACAAAAGAAUUAUUUACAUCUCUGUUGGAGUCUUCUCGUUUAUCUUGGUCAUUUUGGCUUUGCUUCUUCUCUGGUGGAAAGGCUGCCUAAGAGUCGGGAAAAGGAAUAAACAAUAUCUUGGGGGACUGCAAUUACAAGUUGGUGGGUAUACAUUGGAACAAAUCAAAACUGCGACAAAUAAUUUCAAUCCUUCGAACAAAAUAGGCGAAGGUGGUUUUGGACCUGUUUAUAAGGGUUUAUUGCCAAAUGGAAUUCGUAUUGCGGUGAAGCAGCUUUCUUCUAAAUCAAAGCAAGGAAAUCACGAGUUUCUGAAUGAGAUUGGCAUGAUUACUUGUUUGCAGCACCCAAAUCUUGUUAGGUUACUCGGAUUUUGUGCCGAAGGGGAUCAGUUAUUGUUGGUAUAUGAAUACAUGGAAAACAAUUGUCUUGCCCGUGCUUUGUUUGGCCGUGAUCAAAAUCAGAUCUUCCUGGACUGGAAAAUGAGAGUUAACAUAUGUAUCGGAAUUGCUAGAGGUAUAGAGUUUCUUCAUGAGUACUCGACUCUCAAGAUUGUACAUAGGGAUAUUAAAGCUACAAAUGUUCUUCUUGACGGAGAGCUGAAUCCAAAAAUUUCCGACUUUGGAUUGGCUAAGCUUGGUGAAAAUGAUAAAACCCAUAUCAGCACACGCGUGGCAGGAACAAUAGGAUAUAUGGCUCCAGAAUAUGCAUUAUGGGGUCACCUAAGCUACAAGGUUGAUGUCUAUAGUUUCGGAAUUGUGAUUUUGGAAAUCGUCAGCGGAAGGAGCAAUAGCAGUUAUGUGCCAAAUGAUGACUUCUUUUGUCUUCUAGAUUGGGCAUGUCACUUAAGACAGAGUUGUAACUAUGUGGAACUAGUUGACCAAAGGUUAGGGUGUAAUUACGACAUCGAAGAAGCAGAGAAAAUGGUGAAUGUUGCUCUUCUUUGCACUAAUGCUGCCGCCUCAGAAAGGCCUAUCAUGUCCGAGGUAGUGAGCAUGCUCGAAGGCAGAAUGGAGAUACCAGAUCGAGUUCCCGAUUUUCAAGAUUACACUAACGACCUUAGAUUUAAAAGCGUAAGAGGUAUCCAUUACACCGGUGCAUCAAAAUAGCCCUUGCAGUUGCAGAAGUUCAUGACUCUAUUUUUCUUUGGCUUGUGUUUUCAACUAUUACUCGGUUCUAAACUCAGUUAUUAGUUAUCAGUUAUCAGUUGUAUACUUGUAUUAUAGUUCUACACUAUAUGUAUAUAACACUAAUAGAUAAUUGUUUUCUAAAACUCAGUGCGAAGCACGGUUUUAGGUUGUAUUCAUAAUAACAAUUUUAUUUUGUUUUUCAAUUAAAUUUUUAUCGGUACAUUAAUACCAAAACUUUAUUUGUUAAUAUAGGAUUUGAUUUAUGAAUCAAAACAAUUGAGAGUAGGAUAUUGUUGCUAACAAAGAUAUUACUACAUCUGUUUGUUUUUGUUUGUGAUCCACCCUCAUGGCCCACAAUUUAAUGAGAAGUAUAGAUACUUUAAAUGCAUGUUUUAGCUAACAAAAAUUAAAUUACUAAUGAAAUAGAAUCAUUUUGAUUUGUAAAUUACCAUAAAAUGAAAAA